CUCAAAUAGCCACGCACCGGGCCUCUCCAUCUCGUCGAGCACUUCAUUAAUCGCGCCCAUGUCCAUGCAACAACAACAGCAACAACCGGCGCUUGCCAACCUUCUCGGCGCAAUGCCUGCGGCCUCCAUGAUCAGCCUCGCCUUCACGGCCGCCGUGGCUACCGCGGCCUUAUUCGUGGCCGUCGCUGUGGCGAGGUACAACCGCAAGUACCGGGGGCUGAGGCUCCCACCCGGCCCGCCCGGGUGGCCCAUCGUCGGGAACCUCUUCCAGGUCGCCUUCUCCGGGAAGCUCUUCAUCCACUACAUCCGCGACCUCCGGCGUGAGUACGGGCCCAUCCUGACGCUGCGGAUGGGGGUGCGCACGCUCGUCGUCAUCAGCAGCGCCGAGCUCGUGCACGAGGCGCUCGUCGAGAAGGGCGCGGAGUUCGCCAGCCGCCCCGCCGAGAACACCACGCGCAACAUCUUCUCCUCCAACAAGUUCACCGUCAACUCCGCCGUGUACGGCGCCGAGUGGCGGUCGCUUCGUCGGAACAUGGUGUCCGGGAUGCUGAGCACGUCGCGCCUCCGGGAGUUCCGCCCGGCGAGGCUUCGAGCCAUGGAUCGGUUCGUGGCGCGGAUGCGCGCCGAGGCCGCGGCGUCCGCCGACGGGGCCUCCGUGUGGGUGCUCCGCAACGCGCGCUUCGCGGUCUUCUGCAUCCUGCUCGAUAUGACCUUCGGCCUGCUCGACCUGGACGAGGAGCACAUCGUGCACAUCGACGCCGUCUUGAAGCGCGUGCUGCUCGCCGUCGGCGUGCGCAUGGACGACUACCUCCCGUUCCUCCGCCCCUUCUUCUGGCGGAAGCAGCUCCGGGCGCUCGCCGUUCGCCGCGAGCAGGUCGACACGCUCCUCCCACUCAUCAACCGCCGCCGCGCCAUCCUCCGCGACAUGCAGAGCUCGCCGCCAGAUCCCAACGUCGCUGCGCCCUUCUCUUACCUCGACUCGCUGCUCGACCUCCAUAUCGAGGGCCGCGAAGGCGCAGACGACGAGCUGGUCACGCUGUGCGCGGAGCUGAUCAACGGCGGCACCGACACCACGGCCACUGCCAUUGAGUGGGCCAUGGCGCGCGUCGUGGACAACCCGUCCAUCCAGGCCCGGCUCCACGAGGAGAUCAUGCAGCAAGUCGGCGACGCCCGGCCAAUCGACGACAAGGACAUCGAAAGCAUGCCGUACCUCCAGGCCUUCGUCAAGGAGCUCCUCCGGAAGCACCCGCCCACGUACUUUUCGCUCACCCACGCCGCCGUCAAGCCUGGGAGCAAGCUCGCCGGCUACGACGUGCCCACGGACGCGAACCUGGACAUCUUCCUCCCGACCAUCUCGGAGGACCCCAAGCUGUGGGACCGGCCGACGGAGUUCGACCCGGACAGGUUCCUAACCGGCGGCGAGACCGCGGACAUGACAGGGUCCGCGGGCAUCCGGAUGAUACCGUUCGGGGCGGGGCGGCGGAUCUGCCCGGGCUUGGCCAUGGGGACGACGCACAUCGCGCUGAUGGUGGCGCGGAUGCUGCAGGAGUUCGAGUGGCGCGCGCACCCGUCGCAGCCGGCGGUGGACUUCAAGGAUAAGGUGGAGUUCACGGUGGUGAUGAACCAGCCGCUGCUGGCCACGGUGAAGCCCCGGAAGAUGUCGCUCUGAUCCAUGUGCAUGCAUGCGGAUCGGGGUGGCCGGCAGUCGUACGUACUCGAUCGUACCUACGUCGAAUGCAUGCAUCGCAACCACUCCGCUCGUUAGGUCAGCACGUAAGCCGCAUGUGCCAGUACCAUACCUACUGUUACCGAUUCCAGCAUUAUGAGAAAGUAUCUAGUGUGCUAUAGAUAGCUUCUCUAGUCGUUUAUCUAUGUGCACGGUAUACACACCUGUAUUAUGUGCGCGAAGUAGCACAGUCACAAAUGCAUCAAGCGAGUUUGUAUGAUUUUAAAUUGAAGAACUUAUUUCUAUGUGCA